UGCUUUCCAGCAGAGCCACGGGUUCCAGUUUAGUAGGUCAGGCCAGAUGGCUCCCGGAACAAUGUCAAGCUGAAACUAAACUCCUUUAGCCGAUGAACUGUUUUGAUUGCAAUCUCUUGGAGUUAUUUUGUUUUUUUUUUUAUCAUUUAAACACCACCAUAAGCUGUAGAAUGGAGAUCGGCGCUUUGUCAUGAAACUCCGCGCGCAGUAUGACAGAGGAACAAAUAGCGAGACCAGAAGAGCGUUUAAAUUGAGGGAUUCACCUGAUCCGAUGCAACCUGAUUCGAGCCCUCAGGAAAGGAACGGGCUGUCAUUAACCCUGCAGCCGGAGCUGCUCGCCCGAAUGCCGGGGGCUGGGAGUUCCAGCGGGCCGGAAACAGGCGACGACGUCCGUGUUCCUAUCGGUAGCUCAUCGGGGUCUGCGAAUGGACGAGGUGCUACUUCACGGAGGGUGAGAACUGCGAGUCACGGCCACUCCCAUUCUCACGGACACACUCACAGCCACGAGCACGAGUCGGACAGCGGCGAGUCCGACCUGGAAUCCGGAGAAUCGAGCAGCUCGUUGUCAGAGCUGCGCUACCUUCUCCGCUGGUUAAAGAAAAGUCUUCCUUUCAUAGUUAUUCUCUCUGCGAAACUAGUCAUUCAGCACGCCCUAGGUCUGGCUGUUGCAGUGGGUCUGUUUACCACUUUUAUGUAUGUCAACAAAAGCAUUCAAACGCAAGUUUUUUUCUACGACCGAAGAAGGAAGUUGCAUUGUGCCUGGCUCUUGGUGUUCCUCACAUCCUCCAGUCUCCUCGUGUUCUACACCUUUCACACUCAGUCACUUUAUCGCUGCCUCAUUUUUGCCAACGCUACGAUAGAUUCUCAAAACUUCUGGGAGGUUUUAUGGAGCGUUGGUGUGACUAACUUCAUCGUCAAGUUUUUCUUCAUGGGGCUUAAGUGUCUUAUUCUCCUCGUCCCAUCUCCACUCAUGACAUACCGGCAAAGAGGUCAGUGGUACAUGCUCAUAGAGGAGACGGGUCAGUUGUACCAGGUGAUUGCUCCUGUCCCACUCUGGUUCCGCUAUCUGGUCAGCUAUGAUGAGAUGGAAACCUCAGUGGGUCUGACUCUGGGAAUCCUGCUAGCCUUGCUCUACCUCAUAAUGAAGCUUUUGGCACUGUAUGGACUGUCAGGAUCAUUGCAAAAAACACUACGGACUUUUUUCAGUUCUGAGUUUAACGGAGCUCCAGCCAGUCCAGCUCAGGUUAGAGAGGCAGGUGACAUUUGUCCGAUCUGUCAGGCUGAUUUUAAGCAGCCUCGGGUCCUCGUGUGUCAGCAUAUCUUCUGUGAGGAGUGUAUAGCCCAGUGGCUUAACCAGGAGCGGACCUGCCCCCUCUGCCGCACUGUUAUCACUGACAAGGUGAAUAAGUGGAAAGAUGGUGCAACAUCAGCUUAUUUACAAAUCUACUGAACACGAUGCUCACUGAAAGGAUGAAGACAGUGUUGAGACACGUUGAAACAGUCGACCAGCAGUGGAUUCACAGAAUAUGUGGAUUGUUCCUCUCAAACAUCUCAGUCGAGCAAACAGCACUUGUUAUAAGGCAAUAGUCACUAGAAAAAUCGCUGGUUUGAGGUUUGUUUAUAUAUAUAUAUAUAUAAAUCUUGUCAGAAGGACAAGUACAUUCACCAGCUCUUGUAUUAUUAUUAUUGUAUGUGGAACUCCCUUAUUUUUUAAUGUUUAUAAUAUAUAUUCCUCUUUGUGUUCUUGCAUGCCAUCUCUGGUUUUAAUUUCCUUGUGGGUGUAAGCAGGAGGAUAUAGUGGACAAAUGAGUUUUUUGAUUGUAUUUGUGGAGAAAACACUCAGAAAUAAUGUAUUAGAAAUUCAUGGUCAUUAAUGUAUUUUUAAAACAAUUUUGGUUUAAUUUUUCAUAGAUACUGGGUUUUUUCCCUCCUGUAUGAUCCUGUCAGAGACUGUGGCUUUUGUAACUGAACUUGUCUUAAACACAUUUAUUAAUCUAAUUAUAAGGAGUUUAAAAAAAUUCUGAAACUUGUGUUCGGUUUGAAGUAUUGUGGUUAGUUCUGUAAUAAUCUGAAUGCGAGGUAAUCGCACAUGAACUGCUGAUUUAUAAAACGAUGUAGCAUUAGGAUUUUGUUACCAUGUGAUUUUAGUGAAUGAACAACAUAUUUUGCUGAUUGAA